UGUGCGCGCUGUGUGACAGACUCUCUCUGCAUAUCUCUCUCCGUCGUCCAUCAGGAACUUUGAUGAACCGUCUCCGUGUCCUUGCAGGUACUCUCCCACUCACCAUGGCCCAGUCAGUCCUCGACAUCAUGCCCGGAGCCGCCACGGGUACCGUGCUCAUCACCGACCCGCUGAACUUCUGGGGUGGAAAGCGAGUGAAGCCCAGGACGGAGAAAAACGCGGAGCCCGUGUUCGAACCAGCGACGGGCCGUGUCUUGUGUCAGAUGGUUCCCUGUGGGUCUGAGGAGGUGAACGAGGCCAUAAAGAGCGCCCACACCGCCUACCUGCAAUGGCGCAAGAUGGCGGGCAUGGAGCGGGCUCGGGUGAUGUUGGAGGCCGCACGCAUUAUCAGGGAAAGAAGGGAGAAAAUAGCAAAGCUGGAAGUGAUCAACAACGGCAAGUCCAUCACCGAAGCGCUGGUGGACAUCGACGUCUCCUGGCAGUGCAUUGAGUACUACGCUGGCAUUGCUGGUACACUCGCAGGCCAGCACAUCCAGCUUCCCGGUGGAACGUUUGCCUACACCCGGAGGGAGCCCCUGGGCGUGUGCGUGGGAAUCGGGGCGUGGAACUACCCCUUCCAGGUGGCCACAUUUAAGUCCGCCCCUGCUCUGGCAUGUGGUAACUCCAUGGUGUUCAAGCCCUCUCCCAUGACUCCUGUGACCGCCGUCAUUCUGGCUGAGAUAUACAAGGAGGCGGGGGUCCCGGAUGGGCUCUUCUGUGUGGUGCAGGGCGGGGCGGACACCGGCACCUUGCUCUGCCACCACCCGGGGGCCGCCAAAGUGUCGUUCACCGGCAGUGUGCCAACGGGCAAGAAGGUCAUGGAGAUGUCUGCAAAGGGGGUGAAGCAUGUGACUCUGGAGCUGGGAGGGAAAUCUCCCCUCCUGAUCUUCAAAGACUGUGAGCUGGAAAACGCGGUGAAGGGAGCACUGAUGGCAAACUUCCUGACGCAGGGGCAGGUUUGCUGCAACGGCACCAGGGUGUACGUGCAAAGAGAGAUCCUGCCCCAGUUCCUUGAAGAAGUUGUGAAAAGGACCAAGGCCAUCCCUCUGGGUGACCCCCUGUUGGACGGCACUCGGAUGGGCGCGCUGAUCAGCAAGCCGCAGCUGGACAAAGUGCUGGGAUACGUCAGUCAGGCCAAGAAAGAGGGAGCCAAAGUGCUUUGUGGAGGAGAACCUUUUGUCCCCAGCGACCCCAAAUUGAAAGGAGGCUACUUCAUGUCACCUUGUGUGCUUGAUAACUGCAGGGAUGACAUGACCUGUGUGAAGGAGGAGAUUUUCGGGCCAGUCAUGUCGGUGCUGCCUUUCGACACGGAGGAAGAAGUGAUGGCGAGAGCCAACAACUCCACGUUCGGUUUGGCCUCGGGCGUCUUCACCAGGGACAUUUCCAGAGCCCAUCGCGUGGCUGAGAACCUUGAGGCAGGGACCUGCUUCAUCAACAACUACAACAUCAGCCCUGUGGAAGUACCUUUUGGAGGAUACAAGAUGUCAGGUUUUGGCAGAGAGAACGGCCAGGUGACCGUCGAGUACUACUCCCAGCUGAAGACGGUUGUUGUUGAGAUGGGCGACGUGGAGAGCCUCUUCUAAACUCCUCCCAGUUAACUGUCACAACUUUGUGCUUUCUGCCACACGCAAGUUCACGAAGCUCUCUCGAGUGCACCUACCUUAAUGUGAACUAGUAAAUGAACACAAACUGAUGUCAAACACACUGCCUUUUAAAACACACUACAAAUGCUUGUGUGUCCUUAAUUAGACAUUCUGUUUGUAGUGAACUGUUGUUUCAGCACUUACGCCUUUUCACCCAAAUAAAAUGUUUUCAAUAUAAAGUCCAUGCCUGGUUA